AUGAACAUAAUCAAAAAGAUUAUGGACUCUGGGUCCAAGAAGGAACUCAUGUCUAUUGCAGCAGGCCAGUUCUUUUUAUCAAGACCGAAAACAUCUCCUAAGGCGACGUUAGAAUGUUUAUAUAACGACGCCACCCUUGUGAUCAGAGAGUCGGGGCCUCAUGUAUAUGAUUUGGUGGUUCAGAAAGACGUUGACGAUACAGAACUUGCUUCUGGAGACGCUAGUGAAGAUUUUGAAGACGAUGAACUCAGCGUUCUUUCCACCCAGUCCAAAAAAGAUGAGGAAUGGAGCUUUACUUUAAAUGAGGCACUUCGGUUCCAUAAGAGAUGGAACGAGCAAGGUGAGGUAGCUUUUGUCUGGAAAAAUAUCAAAGGUGAUCCAGGUGAAAAAUUUCAAUUUGUGGUGAACCCCGAAAUACGUUUAUCCGAUGUGGAGCAGUUUCUUCAAGCUGUUUAUCGCUGCGAAUAUGAAUUCAAAUACAAAAAAUCGGCCAACGGAGCAUUGAAAGAAGACCUUAAACAGUUCGAGUUUUCGCACCAUCUAGAUGACUCGGCUAUAUUCAGUGAUGAGGAUGAAGAGUUAACAGAUGUACAAAAACUUGGAGACAAAUUUGAUUUACUUAAGGUCGAACAAAAAAAUAGCGACCUUGACGAUGACAGCAAUGACGAAUUUGAAGAUGCGCAAGAAGAUGUAAUAACCUCUUCAAAUUCACCCAGGGAUCCUAAGAAACCAACAAAGUUAACAAAAGGUGAGUCGAUUUACCAAGACCAUGCAGACAUAUAUAUUUAUGAUUGCACAGAGGAAUCGUUUGCAAUCCAAGAUACGGACGCCAAGGUAGUAGUUUGUGAUUUCGGGAAAUUUGAGUUUUGGCUAUCAAUAGAAAGCAAUUUGGUUACUCUAGGAACGGAUGUUUCACCUGACAUCAAUCCCUUAUUUGACACAGAUUCCCAAGCUUUUAUUUUCAAUUACUCCUUUGAAAAUAUUACUCUGUCUUACAUGCUCAAGUUUAGAACGCAACAUGCUUUUUCAAAAUUUCAAUCACUGUGGUCUAAGCUUAUAUGGGAGUCUCUGAACAAACAGAAGUGGUCAACUAUUUCACAAGGAGAGCAGGAAUAUGUUAUUUGCUCAAACAAAGCAGUUGAAAAGGAGCUAACAGAUUUUCUGCAUGCAGAACAAGAUGGUGACUCUUCAGACUCCAGUAGCUCAGAGGAAGAAAGUGAUGAUGACGAGCAAGAAAACGACGCGAGUUUCAGCGAUGUUGGUAGUUUUGAUGAGAAAACUGCAGAGAAGGAAUAUAAAGAUAGCACAACUCUUGGUGGAAAUAAGUCACUGACUGUGUCUUACAGAAAUGAUCGUGCGUUUGUUGUUCGAGGUAAUAAGGUUGGCGUGUUCAAAGCUGAUGAUGAGAAUGAUGAAGUCACCUUUGUUACUGCCAUUAAUAACGUCUCUGAUUUGAAAGGUAAAAGUUUCAACCCCGAAAAUCCAAUGCUUUACACAGAAGACAGAGCAAUGAUUAUCCAGGACGAGAACGACAAAUCCAGAGUGUACAAGAUGGAUCUGGAAAGAGGCCAAGUUGUGGAGGAGUGGUCUGCGGGAAACAAAGAAAUCCUAAGAUAUGGGCCAACGAAAAAGUUUGAUCAACUAACAAGCGAGCAAACAUUCCUGGGUAUCUCCGACAAGAGUGUUUUUAAAGUGGACCCCAGAAUAGGCGGAGCUAAUAAACUGGUGAAUGAUGAAAACAAAGACUAUGCUACCAAGUAUAAGUUCAGUUCAUUGGGUUCUACAGAAAAUGGACAUGUUGCAAUAGGUUCCGAGAAGGGUGAGAUACGGUUGUAUGAUAGGCUUGGUAUUAGAGCAAAAACUCUUAUACCUGCAUUGGGAGAACCUAUCAAUCAUAUUUGUGCGUCAGCUGAUGGGAAAUGGUUAUUAGCAACAUGCAAUACUUCUCUGCUGCUGAUUGAUUUAGUCAUCAAAGAGGGUAAAAAUGCGGGUCAUACUGGCUUUUUGAAAUCGUUCUCAAAGCAAGAAAUGCCUAAAAUAUACAUUCUACGCAUCCACCCGAAAACUGCAUCAUACAUGAAAACUAGCACCAAACAAGCGAUCAAAUUUACGAAGGCAUAUUUCAAUACAGGUAUCAAUAAAAAAGAGCAAACAAUUGUGACCUCGACCGGGCCUUUUGCAAUAACAUGGUCCCUGAAGAAAAUUGUCAAAGGCGAUAAGACACCGUACUUAAUAAAGAAGUAUAACUCGCCAAUUAUGGAAGAUAAUUUCCGAUAUGGCUCAGACCGGAAAGUAAUCCUAGCAUUGAAAGACAAUGUGACAAUGGCAAGGAAGAACAAAUUCAAAGAGCCUUCAAAAGAAUUCUCCUCACACAAGGACUGGCAGAGUUUCCUGGAUAUGUCUGGUGACGUUAUCAAGAAAUUCGAGUAG